AUGGAAACAGCAGCACAGCUCUUAAUACAAAAUCGUACAACUCCGUAUUUGGAAUAUGUUCUACAAGGUAGUAUCUUAGAUGGAUCAACAGAUUUGUUAAAAGCACGUUUACAAGGCCUAUGUGAUAAUAUUACUGGUGAAGUGGAAACCUUUCAUGAUCAUGAAACUGUUUAUACAAUGCGAAUUCCAUCUAGUAGUAACGUAUCGUUUCGCGUACGCUACGCAAUUGAUGAUCAAUUGGCACCCACACAUUUACGUUAUGUUGCACAAGCUGAGUUAGACAAAGCUCAUACUGUUAGUGUUCGACAAUAUCAUGAUUGUUGCGUCACAAGAGAGAUACAUUCGUUUUUACCGGAAAUGGGAUUUCAAUUCGAUUAUGAAUUUGUUGCCAAAGGAUGGAUAUUUCGAAAAGGAAGAAUAAAAAUUAUGGUUGCAAAAAUAUUUCAAUGCCUCGAACGUUGUCGUGGCGGUUUAGAAAAUGAUAUGAAAAAUUUAUCAGAAAUUCUUCGACCAUUUACAACUUCUCAUUUUGUUGAAAUGUCAUUAAUUGGAGCAAUGCAUGAGGAUAAACUUGGAGAAGAAAUGCGGUCGUUUGCCGAACAACUAAAACCAAUGACUCAUGCACCAACAGGAAGCAUUUUUACACCACUAGUAAAAACUAGUAUUGACAUUGCAAGUUUGCGAAAACCCUAUAAACAAUCAACAGAAUACUUCGAUUUAAAAGAUCUUGUAUCAACUGAACCAUUUGCUCAGUUUAAAGAUUGGUUUGAACAAGCAUUACAAUUUACUGAAGAAGCAAAUGCAGUUUGUUUAGCAACAGCAACAAAAAAUGGUCUUCCAUCAUGCAGAUAUGUGUUAUUGAAAGGAUUUAAUGAAAGUGGUUUCAAAUUUUUUACAAAUUAUGAUAGUAGAAAAGGGAAAGAAUUGAUUCGUAUUGAAGGACGAACAGAAAAAUUAAGUGAUAUCGAAUCAGAAGAAUAUUUCAAUUUAAGACCGCCAGAUUCACAAAUUAGUGCAGUAAUUAGCGAUCAAAGUCAACCAAUACCAAGUCGGGAGCAUCUCGUUGAACUACGAGCAAAAUGUAUUGCCGAUAAUGCAGCCGGAAAUAUUAUUCAGAAGCCGAAACGAUGGGGUGGUUGGUUACUUAUUCCUCAUACGUUUGAAUUUUACCAGGGUCAAAGUAAUCGUUUAUCGGAUCGAAUCCAAUUUCGUCGAUUAAGUAAUGAUGAUCAAAAUAAAAUUGAUCCACAUGUAACUCAUCGUGGUUUAAAUGGUUGGGUAUAUGAACGUUUGGCACCAUAA